UACCCCGCCGACGCGACGCCGUUUCCGAGCCUCGUGAUGCGGACGGGGCGCCGCUCAGCUCAGUGCUCUCCGUUUGAGUCGCCGUACCGCCGCUGCUGCUCUUCGUUUACUUUUGACCUUUUCUGUUUAUCAAAGUGUUAUUCAGAGGGGGGUUUCUGGAGAACUGCCUCGUAUACUUAGGUCGCCACUCGAUGUCGUUCGCCCCUCUUCCUCUAGAUGCCCAUCUUUUGUGAAGUAGCUGUCUCCGACACAGAUGAUUUAAUCUUGACGUUUCACUCAGACAAGCACUGAGUUGGCAGAGGAGUGCCAAGAAGAAUGGCAGAUGUGGAUCCAGACACAUUGCUGGAAUGGCUGCAGAUGGGACAGGGGGACGAAAGGGACAUGCAGCUGAUUGCAUUAGAGCAGCUGUGCAUGCUGCUUCUGAUGUCUGACAAUGUAGACCGCUGCUUUGAAACGUGCCCUCCUCGUACUUUUCUGCCUGCACUAUGCAAAAUCUUUUUGGAUGAAAGUGCUCCAGACAACGUGUUAGAAGUGACCGCGCGGGCCAUCACGUAUUACUUGGAUGUGUCAGCUGAAUGUACCCGGAGGAUAGUUGGGGUCGAUGGAGCCAUCAAAGCACUUUGUAAUCGAUUAGUUGUCGUCGAGCUCAAUAACAGGACCAGCAGAGACCUCGCUGAGCAGUGUGUGAAGGUUCUUGAACUGAUAUGCACUCGAGAAUCUGGUGCUGUAUUUGAAGCUGGCGGUUUAAACUGUGUACUGAGCUUUAUACGAGACAGUGGCCAUCUUGUUCAUAAAGAUACUUUGCACUCUGCCAUGGCGGUGGUUUCCAGGUUAUGUGGAAAAAUGGAGCCUCAGGAUUCAUCAUUAGAAACCUGCGUGGAGUCCUUGUCGAGUCUGCUUAAACAUGAAGAUCACCAGGUUUCUGAUGGUGCCCUGCGCUGCUUUGCUUCACUAGCUGACAGAUUCACUCGCCGUGGAGUUGAUCCUGCACCUUUAGCCAAACAUGGACUGACAGAAGAAUUGCUGUCCCGGAUGGCAGCAGCAGGUGGUAGCGUGUCCGGCCCGUCCUCGACCUGCAAACCUGGCAGGAGUUCUACUGGAGCAACGGCAACAGCGGCGGAUUCCAAGCUUAGCAACCAAGUGUCAACCAUCGUCAGUUUGCUUUCUACUUUGUGUAGAGGAUCGCCUCUUGUUACACAUGAUCUCUUAAGAUCUGAGCUCCCAGAUUCUAUGGAAAGUGCCCUGCAGGGUGACGAAAGAUGCGUGUUGGACACCAUGCGCCUGGUAGACCUCCUUCUGGUGCUUUUGUUUGAAGGAAGAAAAGCUUUACCAAAGUCCAGCGCUGGAUCAACAGGACGAAUCCCUGGUUUGAGAAGGCUGGAUAGUUCAGGGGAACGAUCUCAUCGACAGCUGAUCGACUGUAUUCGCAGUAAAGAUACUGAUGCUUUAAUUGAUGCUAUUGACACAGGAGCUUUUGAAGUUAAUUUUAUGGAUGAUGUAGGACAAACCCUUUUGAACUGGGCCUCUGCAUUUGGAACACAAGAAAUGGUUGAAUUCUUAUGUGAAAGAGGGGCAGAUGUCAACCGAGGUCAGAGAUCGUCCUCGUUGCAUUAUGCAGCUUGCUUUGGCAGGCCUCAGGUGGCAAAGACUUUGCUGCGACAUGGAGCAAACCCAGAUUUAAGAGAUGAAGAUGGUAAAACACCUCUGGACAAAGCGAGGGAAAGGGGUCACAGUGAAGUGGUUGCCAUUCUGCAGUCUCCAGGAGACUGGAUGUGCCCAGUAAAUAAAGGAGACGACAAAAAGAAGAAAGAUGUGAAUAAAGAGGAAGAGGAGAGCAAUGAGCCAAAGGGGGAUCCAGAAAUGGCGCCUCUCUACUUGAAGCGUCUGCUGCCUGUGUUUGCACAGACUUUUCAGCAAACGAUGCUUCCUUCGAUAAGGAAGGCGAGUCUUGCUCUCAUCAGGAAAAUGGUGCAUUACUGCUCUGAAGCUUUGCUGAAAGAAGUUUGUGAUUCAGAUGCCGGCCAUAAUUUACCUACUGUAUUAGUUGAAAUUACAGCAACUGUCCUUGACCAGGAGGAUGAUGAUGAUGGGCACCUGCUGGCUCUGCAGAUCAUUCGAGACCUCGUUGACAAAGGAGGAGACGUGUUUUUGGACCAACUGGCCAGACUUGGCGUUAUUAAUAAAGUUUCAACCCUAGCAGGGCCAAUGUCUGAUGAUGAGAAUGAAGAAGAGUCCAAGCCUGAGAAGGAGGAUGAACCUCAAGAAGAUGCCAAAGAAGUUCAGCAAGGCAAGCCUUACCAUUGGAGGGACUGGUCUAUCAUCAGGGGCCGAGACUGCUUGUACAUCUGGAGCGACGCGGCUGCCCUGGAGUUGUCAAAUGGCAGCAAUGGCUGGUUCCGGUUUAUCCUGGAUGGUAAACUUGCUACUAUGUACUCGAGUGGAAGUCCAGAAGGGGGUUCAGACAGUUCAGAAAGCAGAAGUGAAUUUUUAGAAAAGUUGCAACGAGCUCGAAGUCAAGUGAAACCAGCAACGUCUAGCCAGCCAAUUCUGUCCUUGCCCGGGCCAGCUAAACUCACAGUUGGUAACUGGUCAUUGACCUGCCUGAAGGAAGGAGAAAUAGCCAUUCACAAUUCAGAUGGCCAGCAGGCGACCAUUUUAAAGGAAGACUUGCCGGGCUUUGUUUUUGAGUCAAACAGAGGGACGAAGCACUCCUUCACUGCAGAAACCUCACUUGGCUCUGAAUUUGUAACUGGAUGGACUGGGAAGAGAGGCAGAAAGCUGAAGUCAAAGUUGGAGAAGACCAAACAAAAGGUUCGGACCAUGGCUCGAGAUCUCUAUGAUGAUCAUUUUAAAGCUGUGGAAAGCAUGCCAAGAGGAGUUGUUGUCACCUUGAGGAAUAUCGCUACUCAACUGGAAUCGUCAUGGGAGCUUCAUACAAAUCGACAGUGCAUUGAUGGAGAAAACAUGUGGCGAGACUUGAUGAAGACUGCUUUAGAGAAUCUGAUUGUGGUUUUGAAGGAUGAAGGCACAAUUUCGCCUUAUGAAAUGUGCAGCAGUGGCCUGGUACAAGCUCUGUUUACAGUCCUCAACAAUAAUGUGGAUUUGGACGUGAAGCAUGACUGUAGGCCGCUGAUGGAAAGAAUAAAUGUCUUCAAAGCAGCGUUCAGUGAAAAUGAAGAUGAUGAUAGUCGCCCAGCAGUUGCCUUAAUUAAAAAGCUAAUUGCUGUUCUGGAAUCAAUUGAGAGGCUGCCGCUCCAUCUUUACGAUACUCCUGGCUCCACGUAUAAUCUACAGAUUCUUACUCGGAGACUGCGCUUUCGACUGGAGCGAGCCCCUGGGGAGACCUCCUUGAUUGACCGCACUGGCCGAAUGCUGAAAAUGGAACCCUUGGCUACAGUGGAGUCUCUGGAGCAAUACCUCCUGAAGAUGGUGGCAAAACAGUGGUACGACUUUGAUAGAUCAUCAUUUGUGUUUGUCAGAAAACUAAGAGAAGGGCAGACGUUUACGUUCCGACAUCAGCACGACUUUGACGAAAACGGGAUUGUUUACUGGAUAGGAACCAAUGCAAAAACCGCGUACGAGUGGGUCAAUCCUGCUGCCUAUGGCCUGGUCGUGGUGACUUCCUCGGAAGGAAGAAAUUUACCAUACGGGCGUCUGGAGGACGUUUUGAGCAGGGACAGCUCAGCUCUCAACUGCCAUACCAAUGAUGACAAGAAUGCCUGGUUUGCGAUUGAUCUCGGACUCUGGGUGGUCCCAUCUGCCUAUACCCUGAGGCACGCCCGUGGUUAUGGCAGGUCUGCUUUGAGGAACUGGGUUUUCCAGGUUUCCAAGGAUGGCCAGAAUUGGACAACCCUCUACACACACGUGGAUGACUGUAGUCUUAAUGAGCCAGGGUCUACAGCUACGUGGCCUCUGGAUCCUCCUAAGGAGGAGAAGCAAGGCUGGCGACACGUGCGUAUUAAGCAGAUGGGGAAGAAUGCCAGCGGCCAGACCCACUAUCUCUCACUCUCCGGAUUUGAGCUCUAUGGGACCGUCAACGCGGUGUGUGAAGAUCAGCUGGGAAAGGCCGUCAAAGAAGCCGAAGCCAACUUGAGAAGACAGAGGCGUUUGUUUCGCUCUCAGGUGAUGAAGUACAUUGUGCCCGGGGCCCGAGUGGUGAGGGGCAUCGACUGGAAAUGGAGAGAGCAGGAUGGCAAUCCACCAGGAGAGGGCUCCGUCACCGGCGAAGUGCAUAACGGCUGGAUUGAUGUCACCUGGGAUGCUGGUGGCUCAAACUCUUACCGUAUGGGUGCAGAAGGAAAAUAUGACCUCAAGCUUGCGCCAGGGUACGACCCUGAGUCAGCGCCGUCAACCAAACCUGUUUCAUCCACUGUUUCAGGCACAGCGCCAGUGUGGAGCAGCUUGGUGAAAAAUAACUGUCCGGACAAGUCUUCUGCAGCUGGAGCGAGUUCCUCUAGCAGGAAAGGAAGCAGCAGCUCUGUGUGUAGCGUCGCCAGUAGCAGCGAUAUCAGUCUGAGCUCGGCGAAACUCGAACGCCGGUCUGAAAGUGGGAUGGAGCAGAGCACAGCCUUGAACGCCGAGAGCCACGAGCCCAUCGUCGUCCUCUCCACCACCGUGAGCCUGCCACACCCUGACGGAGGCUCUGCCUCAAGCACCAGCACUUUAUUGGCCGACUCCGGCAACGAUAAUCCGGACAGGAAGAUGGGUACCGACGGCACCAUUCGUCCGCCCGGCGACCCAGGAGCCAUAUCGAUGGGAAUUGUCAGCGUGAGCUCACCGGAUGUCAGCUCCGUGUCGGAAGCGUCCAGUAAAGAAGCCGCUUCUCAGCGUCCUUUGUGCUCUGCAAACAACACCAGACUCUCCGUCAGCUCUCUGCUGGCGGCCGGGGCGCCGAUGAGCUCCAGUGCGAGCGUUCCCAAUUUGUCGUCUAGAGAAGCCAGCUUAAUGGAGUCCUUCGUCCGACGAGCUCCUAACAUGUCCCGCACAAACGCCACUAAUAACAUGAACCUGAGUCGCAGUAGCAGUGACAACAACACUAACACUUUAGGAAGAAAUGUCAUGAGCACUGCCACGUCUCCACUUAUGGGUGCUCAGAGUUUUCCUAACCUUACAACUACCGGUACCACCUCAACUGUUACAUCGACGUCCAUAGUAACCAGCAGCAAUAAUGUAGCCACGGCAACAACAGGUUUGUCCGCUGGCCAGUCGCUCAGUAACACUCUGACCACCAGCCUGACCUCAACGUCGAGUGAGAGCGACACGGGUCAGGAAGCUGAAUUUUCCUUAUAUGAUUUCUUAGACAGCUGUCGAGCUAACACAUUACUAGCAGAGCUUGAUGAUGAAGAGGAUUUGCCAGAGCCUGAUGAAGAUGAUGACGAAAAUGAAGAUGACAAUCAGGAGGACCAGGAGUAUGAGGAAGUUCUGGUACGGUGCAGGGAAGAGGAAGAAUAUGAAACCAAAGGAGGACGUCGCCGGACCUGGGACGAUGACUUUGUGCUGAAGCGUCAGUUUUCGGCUUUAGUUCCUGCUUUUGAUCCCCGUCCGGGUCGAACGAACGUUCAGCAAACUACUGACCUUGAGAUUCCCCCGCCAGGUACUCCUCAUUCCGAGGUCCUUGAAGAAGUUGAGUGUGCGCCCUCUCCUCACCUAGCUUUAAUUCUGAAGGUAGCGGGACUCGGAACUGCCAGAGAAGUUGAACUACCUCUUUCAAACUAUAAAUCCACCAUCUUCUAUUAUGUUCAAAAACUGCUGCAACUUUCCUGCAACGGCAAUGUGAAAUCCGAUAAACUUCGUCGCAUUUGGGAGCCAACGUACACGAUAAUGUACAGAGAAAUGAAGGAUUCCGACAAAGAAAAGGAGAGUGGGAAAAUGGGUUGCUGGUCUGUAGAGCAUGUGGAACAGCACCUUGGCACUGAUGAAUUACCAAAGAAUGACUUGAUAACCUACUUGCAGAAGAAUGCAGACUCGACUUUCCUUCGGCGCUGGAAAUUAACCGGCACUAAUAAAAGUAUUAGGAAAAACCGAAAUUGUUCACAGCUCAUAGCUGCAUACAAGGAUUUCUAUGAACACGGAUCAAAGUCAUCGGGGUUAAGUCAUGGAUCCCUUUCUUCUCUCCAGAGCUGCAAUAUUCUUAGUUCAGCAAAGGAGCCAGCUCAGGCUAAGGCAGGCAGCGCUCAGAACGCCUGUGGCGUGGAAGAUGUUUUACAGUUGCUGCGUAUUCUGUACAUAAUUGCCAGCGAUCCCUACACGACAAGGAAUCCGCAAGAAGAUGAUCAGCUCCAAUUCAACGUCUCUCCAGAUGAGUUCACCAGCAAAAAGGUCACAACCAAAAUCCUGCAGCAGAUUGAGGAACCUCUAGCUUUAGCGAGCAGCGCAUUGCCAGAUUGGUGUGAGCAGUUAACCAGCAAGUGUCCUUUCUUGAUCCCCUUUGAGACGAGGCAGCUAUACUUCACGUGCACAGCAUUCGGAGCAUCCAGGGCAAUAGUGUGGCUUCAGAAUAGGCGUGAAGCCACCAUGGAACGUUCCAGGCCAACUGUGCGGCGGGAUGACCCCGGGGAGUUCAGAGUGGGGAGGCUGAAGCACGAGAGGGUGAAAGUGCCAAGAGGUGACAGCCUUAUGGAGUGGGCUGAAAACGUGAUGCAGAUUCACUCGGACAGGAAGUCGGUUUUGGAGGUUGAGUUUUUGGGAGAAGAAGGGACAGGAUUGGGUCCUACAUUAGAGUUCUAUGCACUAGUGGCAGCAGAAUUCCAGAGAAAAUCUUUGGGAAUUUGGCUUUGUGACGACGAUUUCCCGGAUGACGAGUCCCGCCAGGUUGACCUAGGAGGGGGUCUCAAGCCACCAGGGUACUACGUGCAGCGCUCCUGUGGACUUUUCCCUGCCCCGUUUCCACAAGACAGCGACGAACUGGACAGGAUCAGUAAACUUUUCUUUUUCUUGGGUGUUUUCUUAGCCAAGUGCAUACAGGACAACAGACUGGUGGACAUCCCAAUUUCUAAGCCCUUUUUCAAGUUGAUGUGUAUGGGGGAGCUCAAAAGCAAUAUGAGCAAGCUGCUGUACGAAUCCAGGGGUGACGGCGACAUGCACUUUUCUGAAAUUCAGUCGGAAGCUUCCACCGAAGAAGGACAUGAUAAUUACUCAGUGGGAAGCUUUGACGAAGACUCCAAAUCUGAGUUUAUCCUUGACCCACCAAAGCCCAAGCCACCAGCAUGGUAUCAUGGAAUCCUGACCUGGGAAGACUUUGAACUGGUUAACCCUCACAGGGCCAGAUUCUUGAAGGAAGUGAAAGAGCUUGCAAUAAAGAGAAGGCAGAUACUGUCCAACAGGGCCCUCUCUGAGGACGAGAAGAACACCCGCCUACAGGACUUGGUUUUGAAGAACCCGUCUGGUUCUGGGCCGCCACUCAGCAUUGAAGACUUGGGGUUGAAUUUUCAGUUUUGCCCUUCUUCAAAAGUCCAUGGAUUCUCAGUUGUUGAUCUGAAACCCAACGGUGAAGAUGAGAUGGUAUCCAUCGAUAAUGCAGAAGAAUACGUGGAACUGAUGUUCGACUUCUGUAUGCACACCGGCAUUCAGAAACAGAUGGACUCAUUUAGAGAUGGCUUCAACCGAGUGUUUCCCAUGGAAAAGCUGAGCUCCUUCAGUCACGAAGAGGUGCAGAUGAUUCUGUGUGGAAAUCAGUCGCCAUCAUGGACGGCCGAGGACAUAAUUAACUACACCGAGCCCAAGUUAGGCUACACGCGUGACAGUGCUGGAUUUCUUCGGUUUGUCAGGGUCCUCUGCAGCAUGUCAUCGGACGAACGGAAGGCCUUCUUGCAGUUUACGACGGGCUGUUCAACCCUACCACCUGGGGGACUGGCCAACCUUCACCCCCGGCUCACCAUUGUGCGAAAGGUCGAUGCCACAGAUGCCAGCUACCCGUCCGUCAACACCUGCGUCCACUACCUGAAGCUGCCCGAGUAUUCGUCGGAGGAGAUCAUGAGGGAGCGUCUUCUGGCUGCUACCAUGGAGAAAGGCUUUCAUCUGAACUGAAGGGUCCUGCCCUGCUCGAGGAGGAUGGACCGCUGGCUGAACCGGAGAUCGAGAAGCUUGUUGUGUUUGUGUGCAGAAGAAAAGUCCCGUCUGCCCUGAUAAGACUUCUCCUUCCCGCCAGGGCUUAUGGGGGGAAAAAAUUUUAAAAAAAAAGUUACAUUAACACUACUAGCUGCUGCUGAAAAGUGCUGGGAAAUAAUCUGCACCCCCCCCACCCCCCCCCCUUUCAAUCCUCCCCUCCCCCCCACGCGGCCAGCAAAGACGACACAAAGCACUGUGUUCUGCUUCAAGGGCUCGUGAGACGGACGCCAGGGCGGCUCCUCUGUCCUCUCGUCGUCUUUACUUUGUCCGCCACGCUGUUCGGUCCUCGUCGCCGACGGUUUGCGAAGUGCUCCGAGUCCCGCUUGCGUUGCGAUCGAGUAGCCAUAAGGAGUGCGAGGGCGACGGGUGGCGUUACUUUUGAGUGUUUUUCUCGUUUUGUUUCGUUCCCCCUUUUCUCUCGUUUCGGUCAACAAUCAUGAGUUCUUUUUUCUUUUGUUGUUCCUGUGGGAUUCCUGAACGCCUGCUGUGAAGAUCAAACCCCCGAGUGCUUCUGUGUCAUUUUACAAUAAAGCUGUAGAAACAAACACUGGUCCUUAGGUGCGAGGCACACUUAAGCUAAGCUUUCCUUGUAUUUUCUUUGUACAUUAUAAAAACUUUAUUUAACUCAAGUUGCAGUUUGAAGUAAACAAAACUAUUUUCAAAUGUGUAUGCUCCAAAAUAAUCAUUAAAAUGUUUGCAAAGUA